AUGUCUCCAAGAAAAACAAUAAUUACAAGGAAAGUAGAACCAGUAAAAGUUCAUCAAUUAUUCGAAAAUGAUAGUUCAGCUGAAACACUAACUCAGCCAACACCUGAAAAAAUAACAAAUAAACAACACGAAAGUACUAUAGAAAGGGUAUCUCAAACAAUAAACAAAACUAUUAAAAUUUGUGUUUAUGACUCUUUGUUUGAUGAGAUUAAACCAAGUAAAUUCUAUGAAAAAACAAAAUUAUUAAAUAAUGUUAUUAUAUGUGUUGAAACAACAAAUGGUAUAUUUGGUAGUUUUCAUUCAGUAAUGCCAAAGGAGAUCAUGCAAGAUAUGAUUAAUGGUGAUGAGCAGUUAAUUAUCUUUGAGGAAUGUUUAAAUGACAUUAAAAUCUAUCGACCUAAAUUACCUAAAGAGGCAGUAUGUUCAUUUUUUGGUGACAGUUCAAAAAAUCUUUUUGGAAUUUUCUAUGGUUAUUGGUUGAAAGUAAACAAGACAUAUAUUAUUGAUCCAAUGAUCUAUGAAAAUUAUACUAACACUAUUAAUGCUUUCAAAACUAACUCAGGAGAGUUCAAGAGAAUUUCUGUUUGGGUCUGUGAAUGA